AUGGCCUUUUGCCUCUUCUCCGUCUUCCUUUUCAGCCAUCCCGGUUGCCAAUCUGAAUUGAUUUCCUCUCACUUCCAGCACCUAUGGGUGUCUCCUCCACAGCCAAACAUCACUACUGUCUCUCCCUCCUCUCCUACCACUAUUAACCACAUUGUGUUCGGACUUGUUGGCUCUGUGGGAGGAUGGAGAGACAGAAAGAAUUACAUCGAAUCAUGGUGGAAACCAAACAUCACACGCGGAUACCUCUAUCUUGAUGUGCCUCCCCCGGCAGAUCUCCUUCCAUGGCCUUCAUCUUCUCCACCAUAUCGCAUUUCAGAAGACAACACAAAAAUAUUAGAAAUCACAAAACAUGAUGCAACGAUGGUUAGGAUUGCGCGCGGGAUUUUGGAGACAUUUAGAGAGGGAGACAAAGGGGUGAGAUGGUACAUGAUGGGGGACGACGACUCCAUUUUUUUCAUUGACAAUAUUGUUGAAGUAUUGGAUAAGUAUGAUCAUACUAAGUAUGUGUACAUUGGAGGACAUUCUGAGAGUGCAUUGCCAAAUUUUAUUCAUUCUUAUGAGAUGGGUUUUGGGGGGGCUGGGGUUGUAUUUAGUUAUCCAUUAGUUGCAGCAUUGGUACCAAAGUUGGAUGAUUGCAUAAAGAGAUAUCCAUUUAUAUUUGCUGCUGAUCAAAUGUGGCAGUCAUGCCUUGCUGAUCUUGGUGUUUACCUCAAUGCUCAAAAGGGCAUUCAUCAGAUUGAUCUAGUUGGAGAUUUAUCAGGACUACUAUCAUCCCACCCAGAAGCUCCUCUGCUCUCUCUCCACCACCCAGAGAAAGUAGACCCUUACUUCCCCUCCAUGGAUCGCCACCAAUCUGUAAACCACCUGAUGAAGGCGGCGAAAGUCGACCAGUCUCGAUUAUUACAGCAAACCAUAUGCUACCACAGGGAAAGCAACUGGUCCCUCUCUGUUUCAUGGGGAUAUUCUGUCCAUAUUUAUGAGAAUAUUUUCCCUAAAAGCAUUCUUCAGAAACCCCUGGAGACAUUCCAACCCUGGGUUAGGGAUGUAAUGCCACCAUUUUUCAUAUUCAACACUCGGCUUCCCAUUAGAGAACCCUGCGAAGCUCCUCAUAUUUUCCUCUUUAAAUCCAUCAAGAAUGCUUCUGCGAAUCGGAUUCUGACCAACUAUGCUCGAGUGGCUCCCCGUGGGUUACCGCCUUGUCCGAUCACUGGUAAUCACUCUGCUGAUCACAUCUUCAAAAUUCAGGUCAUCUCUUUUGCAACAAAGCUCAAUGAGGUUUUAUGA